UCUCAACGGUCUCAUAUCAGCUGUUUGAUUGUUUGAUAGUUUGCCUGAUUCGAGUGAUCUGAGAUUCGGAUUUUCGUUCUUAUCCUGGAUCCCCGCAAAAAUCGUUUCUUCACUAAUGCGGGUCGGAAACCGUUGGAAAGUUACCGGUUUUUUUUCAUAAGUUCGGAUAUUAUAGAAAAUUUGGUUUUGAAUUAAUUCGUUUACUUCCGUACGUAAAAUGGAAACAAUUCAACAUGGAAAUAAAGAAAAUCGUGUAACUGAAAUUCUAAAGCAGAACGCUAUGGCGGUGCGCCAAAAAAGACCAUUAGGAUUGAGUACAAGAGAUGUAAAUAUGCCGAUGGUUAAAAAUCAAAUUAAAGGGAAACAACCAUUGGGAUUGAGACAAAAAGAUAACUUGGACAAAGAAAAUAUUGAAAAUGUAAAAAAUAAAGAAAAUAUUUUGAAAGAUCAAAAAGCCAAAUCCGAGAAUGAUAAUUUUAAAAAUAUUGUCAAUCCCAUUGUGCCUUGCAAUCAAUUUAAGGCAUUUAAAGUAUAUGAAGAUGAAAAUUACACUGAACGUUUAGCUAGAAUUGAUGAAAAGUUGAAAAACAAAGCUAAACAUUCAAACCUACAAGUUUAUAAAGGAACGACUGAAGACAGCAAAUAUUAUACUAAGAAUGAAAUCGCUGAACUGGAAAGAAAAAGCGAAGAAGAAAGUUCAAAUAGUAUCUUAGAAAAUACUUCUAAAAUUGAAUCCGCUAAGAAUAUUAUACUUGAUAAUCAGAUACUUGAUAUUUCGAUAGAAGAAAAAAACGGCAAAGAUGCAAUUCUUGUUGGAGAAAAAAGACUUAAAACACUUUUCUUUGAACUGGAGGAAUACAGAUCUGAUAUUUAUCUGUAUCUUAGGGAACAUGAGUUACGACAUCGACCUAAACCGGGAUACAUGAAGAAACAACCAGAUGUAACUUCAAAUAUGAGAACCAUUUUAGUCGAUUGGCUAGUUGAAGUGGCAGAAGAGUACAAAUUGCACACAGAGACGCUUUAUCUUGCAGUAAAUUACAUUGACAGAUUUCUCAGUUAUAUGUCAGUGGUUAGGGCAAAAUUGCAACUAGUUGGAACUGCUGCAAUGUUUCUUGCCUCGAAAUAUGAAGAAAUUUAUCCUCCAGAAAUCACAGAAUUUGUUUACAUCACAGAUGAUACUUAUAAUAAACGACAAGUUAUUCGAAUGGAACACUUAAUUUUGAAGGUCUUAGGAUUUGAUCUUUCCGUACCGACACCUUUAACUUUUAUUACUGCAAUGUGCGUUAGUAAUAAGCUGAGUGAUAAGACAAUGUAUCUUGCCAUGUAUUUCAGUGAAUUGUCGCUUCUUAAUGGAGACAUUUAUUUGGAGUUCGUUCCAUCUGUAUUGGCAGCCUCUGCAAUAGCACUGGCUAGACAUACAUUAAAUGAAGAACCAUGGAAUUCAGGUCUCGUUGAAACGACUGGAUACGAAUUAAAACAAUUAGAAGCUGGUAUAGAAUUUUUAAAUCAGAUGUUUACUGCAGCACCCAGUUUACCUCAGCACGCCAUCCAGGACAAGUACAAAUCCAAAAAAUGUAUGCACGUAUCUACACUAAAACCACGAGAACUUCCAAUUAAUUUUACUUAAAUCUUUUAAGGGCUGUUUAAGUACAAGAUCUUUUUAUAUAAUAUUUUACCGAUUAGCGCUUAUUUUCAUUUUUUGAAAAAAAUGUCAUUGUUUUAAAUAUAAUUUACAUAUUCUCCAACUGUAAUAUUUUAGUAUUUUAUAAUUUAUUUAUGGUAGUUUUAGAAGUGUAUGGCUAUUUUACCAAAUCAUUUACUUUAAUAAUUGAUGUUUAAUUCAGUAAAAAACAAUAACGUUGGCACUUUAUUUUUUUGACCUUUCCAUACACUUCUAAAACACCAAAUUUCCAUAUUUUUUUUUUAAUUGUUUUAACAAAUAACAACUUGUGAUGCAGUGUGUUUUGUACAGGUAUAUUUAUUUUUAGUAAUUUUAUAUAAGCAUUUAUUUGGUAUGAAUUAAGUUGUAAUUGAUAUUUUAAUUGUCUUGACGAAAAAAUGUAUUUUUUUUACUUUUAUACCAAACUCUGAUUUAUUUCGUCUAAAUAUACAAAGC